AUGGUUGUCUUCCAACUGGUCUGGUAUUGCAGUGGUUCACAUGCUGGCGUGGGUCUCUCAUAUCGUCCCGGUAAAUGUGACAUUUCCAUAUUCAGUGUCGUACAGGAUAUGUUGCGUAAUGAGGUUAGAGCUUUACUUAAUCCCCGUAUUCGGUACUUGGCUAGCCAACAAAUGCAUUACGACUUGUAUACUUCUCUGAAUCCCAACGAGCGCCACAUUCUACGCACAGGCGACAUCAAGGCAUUGCGAAGUUCACACUUCAAUCCCAAGUGGCCAGUGAGAAUAUCAAUCCAUGGUUGGGCCGGAAAAAGCACCUCUUGUUCGAAUGCCGCCAUCAAGGAUGCCUAUUUGUCCAGAGGAAAAUUUAAUGUCAUUCUGGUGGAUUGGAGUAAUAUUUCGCAUGACAUUAGCUAUCCACGUAUUUCGCAACAAUUUUCCGAGAUUGCUGCAAACGUUGGCAAAUUCAUACGUUUUUUGCAAAAGGAAACCGGCAUUGAGUGGAGCAACAUCUACUUGAUUGGCCACAGCGCCGGUAGUCAUAUAUCGGGUUUGACGGGCAAACUAUUGAAACCACAACAGAUUGGUGCAAUAGUGGCAUUGGAUCCAGCUGGCCUGGCACAACUUGGCUUGCCGGCAGAUUUUCGUUUGGCACCCGAUGACGCCACCUAUGUCGAGAGCAUACACACGGACACCACACAUUUGGGCAAUCCGAGCUUUGAGCUUAGUCAUGCAUCGUUCUUUCCCAAUUGGGGUCAAGGCCAGCCACAUUGUCCAAAUGCAACGGCAGCCGAAUUUGAUUUUGCUUGUGAUCAUUUUGCAGCCUUGUAUUUUUUUGCUGAGUCUGUGCGCAAACCAAAACUGUUUGGUGCGAUGCAAGCCGUGCCAUCGUCGUGUAUGAAACACCACAAUUGUACAUGUCGCGAAAUGGGGGCAAAAGAAUGUGCGGCAGAUGUUUAUAUGGGCGGUGAGCCCCUAAUGCCCAAACGCGGUGUAUUUUAUCUAAGUACACGACGUAGUCAUCCCUUUGGUUUGGGCAACAUUGUUCGUGUUCGAGCAACGAUGAAGCCGAAUUUCUUGGAAAGUAGUGUUCUACCAACUCAAAUAUUUUUCAAAGGUUGA